AUGGGCCUGCCCCUGCUGCUGCCCCUGCUGCUGCCCCUGCUGCUGCCGCCAGCGUCUCUGCAGGCUGGUGGCUCCGCAAAAUGCACUUCAAACUCUGACUAUGAAGUCAACCAACCAAAGCACCUCUCAGCCCCGCAGGGUGGCUCCAUCGACAUCCCCUUCUCCUUCUGUUUUUCCUGGGAGGUUCCCAAGGAUCCCAGAGUGCGAAUAUCCUGGAGAUGGAAAGACUUCCAUGGACAGUUCAUCUACAACACAAGCCCGCCUUUCACCCAUGAGGAUUUCAAGAACCGCCUCUUCCUGAACUGGACAAAGGGCCAGAGGAGCGGCUUCCUCCGAAUCUCUAACCUGAGGAAAGAGGAUGAAGCUCAGUACUUCUGCCAAGUCCGGUUGACCACACUGAGACUCGGCCAGAUGUUCUGGCAGCCCAUCGAAGGGACCAAACUCACCAUCACCACAGCCAGUGAGAAAACCACCGAGGGCCCCACCAGCACCCCGACCCUCACCACAGAUGGCCUCAGUAUCUCAGGAGACAACAGAGGCUCAGGAUCUAGGCCCUUGACUCCAGGAGGUAUAGUCGGGGUGGCACUGGCCAGUGCUGUGCUCAUAAUCACAAUUUUAGGACUGAUGAUCUACUUGAAGCAGAAAAGAAGCAAAGGUCUGCAGACUAAAGCAAGAGCCCCAGACAGGGGAUCCUUCCAUAACACUGAGGAGAAGUAUGAGAACAUUGGGCAUAAAGGACAACAUAGAGACUCCAAGCUGGACCCAAAGGUUGAUGGCAUCCUCUAUGCCUCCCUUGCCCUCUCCAGCCCAACCUCACCAUCAGCACCUCCCAGCCACCAUCUCCACAAGAACCCCCAGGAAGAGACCGUAUACUCUAUCCUAAAGGCCUAAGGAGUGUGACCGAAUGAUGACUUCCUUAGAGGAAGCU